GAACAUUAUCCCCUUCGCCCACCCAACUCGUGCCAGUUUUCUCGCUUUUUUGUCUUCUAGCCGUGUUUGUGAGCAAAAAUAUAAAACUCCUGGCAGAUAUCCUCCUCUUUUUCUUGUCCCUGACCUCCCCCGUCUUCCUUCUUUUUCCUCCUCUUUUUCCUCACUGCACUCUACACACUGGCCAGUGUAAUAAACCAUGGCGGGCAUCUGCGACACAACAUCCAUCUACACCCUGGACACGUACCACUCGGUGGAGUCGACGGGUUCGCGCGAGUGUCUGCUGCACGAGCGGCCGCGCAUGUCGCUCGAAGCAUCGCCGGUGGAGCUCGACACACAGCUGGCUGAGCGCGAGCUGCUGGGCAUAAUGGCGCAGCAGACGCGCGCCCAGGGAGGGGCAAUGGCCGAGCAGCGCGUGGUGCUGUCGCUGGGAAAGCAGCGGUCGAUGGGGCUGGCCCGGGUGGCUUCGGCGGUGAACCGCAUGGGGCGGCUACGGUAUGCAAACCAGGACUGCGUCAGCAUCCACGAGCGCCGGGCCCGCGACAUGGAGGGCGUCAUGCGCCGGCUCGACCGCAUGACGGUUGGCGCCCUGGCUGACCGUCAGCGGUACACGCCGCCAGCCAGCCCUAAUGCAAAUACCCUGGUCCUGGAGUAGGAGCACUGGCGCCAGG